UUUAUGCUCUCGGUAUGUCAGUCACCAUGGUGGCAUACAACAGAGCAGAGCGGCGGCGGCUCUAUCUUGACUUUUAGCUCCAUCAAAAUGCAAACAUAGUAGAUUUUCUCAGUGAGAGGACGGGAGUCUUCCUCUGAUAAUGGGCGUGAGCUGGUUGCUGACGGGUUAGCCGCUUGCUAUUUCCUCACUUUUUUGUUUGCUGGAUCCUUACAUGGAAUUUCUCCCCCGUCGCUAGCAGAGCAGAAUGCUGAAGAGACAAGGAAUGGCUUUAAUGAACGCUGGCUUGAAUAAAGGGACAACACUUUCUACGCUAAGAAAAUAACUCUUAAGAGGGGGAGUUUGACCGGCGCUUUUAAAGGAAGUUUCCUCCUCGGUGGGGACCGGUGUUGGCAGCCGGAUUCGGCACGGGCAGCAGAAAGACAAACACCCUGAGGAGACUGCUCGGCUGUCUGGCUCCAGUCGUGGCCUGGCUCAGGGCACUCCCAGCUUACCCGCUAGCAUCUGAGCACAGGCGACGAGAAUAAAGCAAGACAAUAGGGGGACUUGUUUUGUAUAUAUCCUGCCCCUGGAUAGAGGUAAUUUUAAGGAUAAGGAAUUCCACAUCCUCUAGACGGCUUCUUCCAAAACAAUGGCGUCUUACGUGGAUAACAGCUUUCGGCAGGCUGUGAUGAAGAAUCCGGCUGAACGGACGCAACAGGACCUGGAGAUCGUCUACUCUUAUCUCCAUGGGAUGGAGGCCUUAUCCAACCUGCGAGAGCACCAGUUGAGGAUCAUGUGUGAGACGGUGCGUUAUGAGAGACAUGAGGCCAAUGAAGUGCUAUACUACCCUGAUGACAUAGGAAGCUGCUGGUACAUCCUGCUGUCUGGCUCAGUUUUCAUCAAAGAAUCCAUGUUCCUGCCCAGAAGCAGUUUUGGGAAGCGAUCAGCUGGCAGCCUUCGACGUGGAUGUGAGUGCAUCGUCCUGGAACCAUCGGAGAUGAUUGUGGUGGACUAUAUGGAUGAAAAUGAGGAGUACUUUCAGCGACAAGCCUCGCACAGACAGUCCCGUCGGCGCUUUCGGAAGAUCAACCAGAAAGGGGAGAGACAAACAAUCAUCGACACCGUGGAUCCGUACCCUACAGGAAAGCCACCCAUAGCCCGCGGGUACCACACGGAAUGCAAUAAACCCCAGCUCCCCGCAGACUUCAGCAGACUUCACCUGGCCGACGGCUUACACCCACAGGUGACCCACGUCUCCUCAAGCCACUCAGGAUGUAGUAUCACCAGCGACUCUGGAAGCAGCAGCCUGUCAGACAUUUACCAGGCCACAGAAAACGAACCAGGUGACAUGGACCUGAGUGGCCUGCCAGAGACCGCUGUGGACUCUGAGGAGGACGACGAUGAAGAGGACAUCGAGCGAGCGUCCGACCCCCUCAUGAGCCGGGACAUUGUGCGGGACUGUCUGGAGAAGGACCCCAUGGACAGGACCGACGAUGACAUAGAGCAAUUACUGGAGUUCAUGCAUCAACUGCCAGCAUUUGCCAACAUGACCAUGUCAGUGAGGAGGGAACUCUGCGCUGUCAUGGUUUUCGCUGUGGUCGAACGCGCCGGCACCAUCGUUCUCAAUGAUGGAGAAGAGCUGGACUCAUGGUCGGUGAUCCUGAACGGUUCGGUGGAGGUGACGUACCCUGACAGCCGGACAGAAAUCCUGUGCAUGGGAAAUAGUUUUGGGGUGUCACCAACCAUGGAGAAAGAAUACAUGAAAGGUGUCAUGAAGACCAAAGUAGACGACUGCCAGUUUGUGUGUAUAGCCCAGCAGGACUACUGCUGCAUCCUCAACCAGGUGGAGAAGAACAUGCAGAAGGUUGAGGAGGAAGGAGAAAUUGUUAUGGUGAAGGAACACCGUGAACUCGACCGCACCGGCACCAGGAAAGGGCACAUUGUCAUCAAGGGCACACCGGAGCGUCUCACCAUGCACCUCGUAGAGGAGCACUCAGUGGUGGACCCUACAUACAUCGAGGACUUCCUGUUGACCUACAGGACCUUCCUCUCAAGCCCCAUGGUCGUGGGCAAGAAGCUCCUGGAGUGGUUCCACGACCCAAGUCUCAGGGACAAGGUUACACGGGUAGUCUUGCUGUGGGUAAACAAUCACUUCAAUGACUUUGAAGGUGACCCUGCCAUGACUCGCUUUCUGGAAGAGUUUGAAAACAAUCUGGAAAAAGAAAAAAUGUGUGGGCACCUAAGACUGUUAAACAUAGCAUGUGCUGCUAAAGCCAAGCCACGGCUGGUGACACUAACCAAGCCAUCCAGGGACUCUCCACUGGCAUUCAGCCUUCUCGGAGGUCAGGAGAAAGGUUUCCGCAUCUUCAUCGAUGCUGUGGAGCUUGGAAGCAAAGCAGCAGAAGCUGGCCUUAAGCGUGGAGAUCAAAUCUUGGAGGUCAAUGGACAGAAUUUUGAGAAUGUUCAGCUCAGCAAAGCUAAUGAGAUUCUGAAGAACAACACCCAUUUGUCCAUAACUGUGAAGACAAACCUUUUAGGUAAAGCAUAUUUGUUUAAAGAGCUGCUAACAAGGCCAGAACACGACCAUGAUUUGGAUUGUGAGGAGGAACAUGAUCGAAAGAAUGGGGCACCCCACCUUCCAAAGAUUGGGGACAUUAAGAAGGCCAGUCGCUACUCGAUCCCCGACCUGGCAGUGGAUGUGGAGCAGGUGAUGAGUCUGGAAAAGGUCAGCAAGAAAGCAAAGACCAACACAGUGGGAGGACGCAACAAGCUGAAGAAAAUCUUUGAUAAGACGCUCACCAGCAUCCUGCCCCCUAAACCAUACAACGACGUUUGCGUGGGCCAAUCACAGGAUGACAGCAUAGUGGGAAUGAAGCAGUCCAAACAGAUCCCACCAGCUCUGCCAGUCAGCGGAAACCUCUCGUCGUCAAACCCAGACCUCCUGCAGUCACACCACCGCAUCCUCGACUUCAACAACCAGCCUGUCCCAUUGAUAAUGAAUAUGUCAGACCAGGUGUUGCGAGUCUUCAAGGCGGACCAGCAGUCUCGGUAUAUUAUGAUCGGGAAGGACACAACCGCUAAAGAAGUGGUGGCCCAGGCUAUCAGGGAGUUCGCCCUGACUGCUGCACCGGAGGCUUAUUCGCUGUGCGAGGUGUCUGUCACACCUGAGGGCGUCAUCAAGCAGAGACGGUUACCAGAUCAGCUUUCUAAGCUAGCUGACAGGAUUCAGCUGAGUGGCAGAUACUACUUAAAGAGCAACAUGGAGACAGAGACGUUAUGUUCCGAUGAGGAUGCCCAGGACCUCCUUCGAGAAGGACAGAUUUCUUUGUUACAGCUCAGCACCGUGGAGGUGGCCACGCAACUCUCCAUGCGGGCCUUUGAACUUUUCUGCGCCAUCGAGCCCACCGAAUACAUCGAUGACCUUUUCAAGCUGCGCUCAAAGACUGGCUCUGUCAGCCUCAAGCGCUUCGAGGAGGCAAUUAACCACGAGACCUUCUGGGUGGCCACUGAGGUUACGCGGGAACCGAACCAGCUAAAACGCAUGAAGAUCAUCAAGCACUUCAUCAAGAUAGCCCUGCACUGUCGCGAGUGCAAGAACUUUAGCUCCAUGUUCGCAAUCAUCAGUGGUCUGAACCUGGCUCCAGUCUCCAGACUAAGAGGCACAUGGGAGAAGUUGCCAAGCAAAUAUGAGAAACUGUUCGGGGACCUGCAGGACCUCUUCGACCCUUCAAGAAACAUGGCCAAGUACAGGAAUGUCCUCAGCAAUCAAAACCUCCAGCCACCAAUCAUCCCCCUGUUCCCUGUCAUCAAGAAGGACCUCACCUUUCUACAUGAAGGCAAUGACUCUAAAGUGGACGGCCUGGUGAACUUUGAAAAGCUGCGGAUGAUUGCCAAAGAAAUUCGCCAUGUUGGUCGCAUGGCGUCUGUCAACAUGGACCCAGCCCUUAUGUUCCGAACAAGGAAGAAGAAAUGGAGAAGUUUAGGCAGGUCGCUAAGUCAGGGUAGCGCCAACGCCGCCGUGCUUGACGUCACACAGACAGGUGGGCACAAGAAGCGGGUGCGACGCAGUUCCUUCCUAAACGCCAAAAAGCUUUACGAGGAUGCCCAGAUGGCUAGGAAGGUCAAACAGUACCUGUCCAACCUCAGCCUGGAAACGAAUGAGGAGAGUCUUCAGACACUCUCCCUACAGUGUGAACCCUCCAUUAGCACAUUGCCCAAAAAUGCAGGUGGGAAACGACCAGACACUUCUCCAGUUGUGCCCAGAGCUGCGAGUCAACAAAGGGGUCAGCUGGCCAAAGGAAACCAAGCUCUCCAGGUCCCCGCUGUGGCCCUUUACCCAUCUCGAAAGAAAGUGCAAGUCAAGGAUCUGCCACCAUUCGGCACCAGUUCCCCGCAGUCUCUGAAGAAGAUCCUCGCUCUUUCAGAGGAGGGGAGCGAAAGACACCGGAGGCAGCCAGAGGACACCAUGUCCAAUGCCUCCUCCCAGCUCUCCUCCCCUCCCACCUCCCCCCAGAGCUCGCCCAAGAAGGGUUACAACAGGAUGGGAGACACCUACUCAGACUCUGGUCACAGUGAGAUCUCCUCUCGCUCCAGUCUCGUUAGUAACUCCUCUUUCGACAUGGCCCAGGAGGAGAGGAGACUUCGUCACUCCGGAGUAGUCGGGGAUUCUCACAUUGGAGGAUCAAGGCUGGAACGAAGAGCCACAACUGACCCCGAUCAGUACAGUCUUGGGUCAUAUUCAUCAAUGCAGGACUGUCGGGGCAUUUAUGCUGGCGGCCAUACAGUACUCUCCUCACCCAGUUCAGAGGAACUGACUCAGGAUCAGGGAGACCGUGUUUCCCUCGAUGCUGCAGACAGCGGCCGCGGUUCUUGGACAUCCUGUUCCUCUGGCUCCCACGACAAUAUCCAGACGAUGCAGCAAGGACGCAGUUGGGAAACUUUGGCCUUUGGCGGUGGUGGAAGUGGAGGCGGCAUUGGAGGGCUCCCUCCUGGCGGGCCAGAUGCCAUAUUAGGGGGAUCAGCUGCACUGUGGGCAGCACAGGCAAGGGGGAGCUGGGCAUCUGCCAGCUCCUCCUCGUCCUCAGCAGCAUACUGGGGGGAGGACUCCGAGGGGGAUACCGGCACCAUAAAGAGGAGAGGAGGAAAGGACGUCAGCACCGACCCAGAAACAAGUAGCAUCACAUCCACCGGGUCAGAGGAGGCAAAGCAGCUCGGCCGACCAUCUCCAUCACCCAUCACUGUCGGAAAUAAAGGCGGCCUUUCCCGAAAAGAGGGCCGUUACCGUGAGCCUCCCCCGACUCCCCCCGGCUACACUGCCUUGACCAUCUCUGACCUCGCUGAGGGACAGCACUCAGCCCAGUCUGUUCCCAUGUCCACAGCGACCCACUCAGGCCGGCGGCCACCAGACUACACUACGGCUCUGCAGCGCUCGCGCAUGGUCACCCAGUCGCCCGACUCCCACCAGGCCCACCAGGGGGCCAAGCACCGGGCAGGCGGCCUCCACCGCACUCGCUCACCCGCCGAGGAGCAAGAGCCUGAAGAGGAAGAGGAGGGUGAGUCCUUGUCUUCCAAACUAGUCGCUCUGAGGAAGCCAGUGGCACAGCAUACACCAGAGACUCCCAGACCAUGACAGUGUGUGUACGGGGGUUAACAGGCAGGGCCCGACUCCCCAAGGCAGAGGAUGAACAAGUGUCAGCGGUUUGAGGGACAACAGUGGACAUCUUUUUGCAGUAACUUGAAGUGCCCCUUGUUCAGGGUGGACAGGAUUAAAGAGACAGGCAAACAGACUCAUCCGUGACAUAACGUGCCUGCCUCCUCCACUUGAUUCUCCCUCCUUAUUGGUGGAUUCCUCUGCUCAUCUCCCUCCUCCGCCUUAAAGCAUCAUGGAGGGUUGAAUGACCCUGCAUGCAAAAA